UAGAUAUACAUACAGAUAAAUUAAUACAAAUUAUUAAAGAAAUGAUUAUUUAAACGUUGACCGGUAUUGUGAGUAAAAACACGUAUUUUUAAUUAAAAAUGGUUGCCGAAGUUACUUCUGGAUUAAAACGGCAAUUUCUGAUCGCUGGAUGCUUGUACAUAGGCCAAUUAAUAUUGGGCUACACGUUAGGAUGGACGGCUCCGGUAAUAGCUCUACUCCAGAAUCCAGAACAAACUAUAUUGGAAACUCCGAUAACUGUUGAGCAAGCGUCCUGGAUUGUAUCAACCAGUUUUGCUGGAGUUCUUACAGGUCCAUACAUCGCUGGGUACCUUUGCAAUGUAAUUGGUAGAAAGCCUUGUCUGUACAUAGGUGCUGUGUUCCUGAUUAUAGGAUACAUAAUAAAGGCGCUAGCUAAGCAUGUAGCUGUUAUAUAUACUGGUAGGGCAGUCGCAGGAUUUGGUAAUGGAAUGCUAUUUGUCAUCAAUCUAGUGUACCUUGGAGAAUUGGCAUCAACAAGAAUUCGUGGGACACUCCUGACAUUAACAGGAUUUUCAAGUACUUUUGGUACUCUAGUAGCCUAUUGCAUAGGACCAUUUGUGUCCUACGCGGCAAUAUCAUGGAUAGUCGUUGGUAUUGGUGUUGUGUACAUGAUUUUAUUAUUCUUCAUCGUCCCAGAAACUGCUGUUUUUCUUGUUAUGGCAAACAGGAGAGACGAAGCAAUGGACCUUCUCACAUCACUGGGCAGGAAAGAUGACAUAGAUGAUGUAGUGGCUAAAGCAAAUGAGAAACCCAUGUCAAACAAAGAUCAGAUGGCUGAGAUGGUCACUGUAAAAUCGAAUAGAAAAGCAUUAUUCAUAAUUCUGGUUCUGAAUAUACUCCAACAAUUCAGUGGGAUUAUAGCAGUGAUAUCCUUUGCUACGACCAUUUUCGAGUUGACUGGGUCGUCUAUGGAGCCCCAUAUAUCAACAAUUAUUGUCGGAGUCACACAAGUCGGUGCAGCGAGCAUUGCACCUCUGUUUGUAGAUAGAACUGGACGAAGGAUUCUCAUAUUGAUAUCUACAGCAGCCUGUACAAUAAGUUUGAUUGCUCUUGGUGUUUACUUCUUCCUAUACGACAAUGGUUACGACAUCGCUGACGACCUGCAGUGGAUGGCGCUGGUAUCGCUUGUGCUGUACUUCAUCGCUUACUUCAGUGGUUUCGGCAUCAUCCCCAACACUUUCAUCGGAGAAAUGUUCACUGACAACUGCAGAGGGUUCAGUUCCACCUUCACCGUCAGCAUUGGAUGGGCUUUCGGUUUCGGAGUGACAGCUGCCUUCGGAUACAUGUUGCCUGCUUGGGGUCCAGCAGUGACCUUCUGGAUCUUCGCAGGAGCUUGUACCAUAGCCUUCGUCUUCAGCGCAAUAUUCGUACCUGAGACCAAAGGAAAGAGCUUGUUGGAAAUUCAAGAGAUCUUAAGUAAAUAGACUGUGAUACUGUGAUAUUAUGAUUAAAAUAAAUUAUGUAAAUAGUUA